AUUCCAUGAUGGCUGAAGAUCCUGGCGGAACAUUUUUCAAUUUCUCUCUCAUUUUUCUUUCUUUCUCUCUACCGUUGCUUGCCAUAGAGACAUGGCAGGACUCACAGGCCCGUUAAGCGUCCGUAAAUCAUUGGUGUCGACAUGCCCAAGAAAGGGAACCGAAAACGGCUGAAAUUUAGGGCCGGGGACGUUUGCUCGGAAUCAGUGACCGUCGCUGAUUAUGCUGAUGCCGACCCGGCCGUUGUGAAGUCAGGGAGGGUGAAAAAGGCUGUUGCAAAUGCAGUUGAAAAAGAAGUAAAAUUACUCUGCGGCCUGGAAGCAUCUCAGGGAGCCGUAGAGGAGGUCCUCUCGUCUGCAGCGACUGUUAAAGCAGACGAUCUGGACAGCAGUGAUGAACUAGACCCUGAAGAAGAUGAAGAAAAUGAAACUAAAGUGGCCCUUAAGAAGAAAAACAAGAGGAGAAAGGAGAGCAGUGAGAGCAGUGAUGGGGAGGAGUAUCCAGUGGAUAUUUGGUUAGUGCUCGCCUCCUACAUUCGGCCUGAGGAUGUGUGCAGAUUUGCUCUAAUUUGUAGGAAUGCCUGGACAGUCACAUGCACUGCAGCUUUCUGGACCAGGCUGUACAGAAGACACUACAGGAUUGAUGUUGACCUGCCAUCUCGCCUCCAGCCUGACUGUAUUGACAGGAUGCGCUGUUUACGGGCCCGUGUGAUUCGCUCCCUGUUCCAUUUGUAUGAGCCGUUUGACUUGCGUGUCUCAAAAAUUCCUGCCCUGCCAGAAUCCACCCCCACAACCUUGCUCAACUCCAAGUGUUUACUGUUCUGGAUCAGAAAGGUCUCAGGGACUCGGCCAGAGGCAUUGUGGGAGUUCAACUUCAAGUUUAUAAAGCAGCAGGGACACAGUAAGAAUGGUUGUGCCAAGUCCUUGCAAACACCAAGACAGUACGAAGAUGUCCACAAAAACCCAGACUCUGACUGCUACAUGCUUCAGGUCACCACACUCAACUUCAUCUUCACCCCUGUGGUCAUGGGCAUGACGCUUACCCUGUUCACAAUCAACGUUAGCACAGACAUGCGCCACCACCGCGUCCGUCUAUUGUUCCAGGACUCGCCGCUGCAGCGAGGGAAGAAGAGGGUGGAUCAGGGCGGGACCCAGGUGGUGUUGGAUCCCGUACAGAGUGUAAGGCUCAUGGACUGGUGGCAUCCACAAUACCCCUACUCACCCUACACAUAGGAGAAGUGCCCCCUCAGUUCCUGCUACAGCAUUACGUCACACCAAGAACCCUGCUGUCAUCUCAUCCUACUUAUCAAACAGAAAUAUGAUUGUGCAGAAACCUGAAUUAUGUUUAAUAACAGAAUUUGCACAUUUACUACCAUCAUCGUCAUUCUUAGAUGUUAAAGAAAGCAAACAGUAUCGAAAUCGAUCAUGUUGCAUUCCCAUCCGCCACCCCAACCGCCACUUUUAGUGUUAUUUAAACAUAGCAGUUUUUCCUGCAUUGACACUGGAUGCAGACUUGUCCGGUAUGAACAUUAUUCCUAGAGACUGGGCUUGUUGUCUAUGUGUAGAACUCUGCCAUGUUCAAAUAGUGACAUUGUCAGUCCCUCUACUCUUUCAACACUCUUCAGCUUUAGGAGUUCCUUGGUCUUUCGGAAAAUAUGGAGAAGUAUGGUUGGUUAAUUUGAAAAAAAUAUGGAAGCUUUUUGCUUUAUGCUUAUGUCACAAUAACCUAGAAGAUCAUCACCUGAAAUCAGUAACUUUAUAUGUGAAAAACUAGAGAUUGAUUAAGUAGUUUCUCACUUUGGGCAGCAUAAAAAUGGAAAGUCAAACUGAAACUGAGUUUCAGAUGAAAUUCUGAAAUUUAACUUCAAAUUGUUUUACAUGGCAAUCUGAGAAGUGCACAGUACUUCACAAUGAAAGGAAAUACUGUGAUAUGAUUUCAGUGAUAGUUAAUAGAUGAUAGAUCUUGGUAUAUUGCUCAGCCCUACAAAUGUGGCAGAGAGGAAUAUGUCCAUUUAGAGUUGCAUAAAUAGAUUUAUAAGUCCGCCAUUAUUUUACAUGGACAACGUUGUUGCAUGUUGAACCUACAUGUGUGACACGUGUUUUCUUUAUGAGUUUUAACUGGGUGCAACAUUUGUACAGUCCUCCUUUUGGUUUGUUUUUAUGCUCACAUGAAAAGUUGCUCUAAAAUAUUUUGAUUUUUCUUUAUUUAAAUUUUGACAAUGUUGCAUCAAAAACACCUUGAUUGUCUCCUAUGUGUGUGUUGUCCCUUACUGCCUCCUGUAGAAUCUGUCUCAACUUUUAAUGGCACAGAGAGUUCAAAGUGGUCUGUCUUAUGAAUGUUGAAUGUGGGUAGAAUCAUAACAGUUAUGUCUUAUAAGCUACAUUUGAUGUUGAUUUAUCAAUCCAUCAGACACAGUCAGAAUAAUUUAAUCUGGAUUCAUGUGCACAUACACAUUUAAUGUAGAUGAAAAACACAUUAGGGCAAGCGCAUACACUUUCAAAUAACCAGAAUUAGCACCUGACUUUAGUAUGUCUCUGCAAACCAGUCAAGUUGCAGUUUAGAGCCAUGAUUGUCCAGAUUCAUAAUAUAUGUAGUGAAGACUUUAAGGAAAUUAAUAAAAGGUAUUAAGUGUAUUUUGGGGCAAAAUGCAAGUUAUCACUACAUUGAUGUGUAUGAAUCUACUGAGAAACAUGCUGUCUUCACUUAGAGAUUAUUUUGUACAGAGGCGUACAGAGGACUGAUGAAGAGCUUGUCACAUGGUGCAACAACAGCCAAACCAAUGAGCUUGUGGUGGAUCACUGUUGUUUGUCUUUUGGUGUGUUAAGUAAGAUAUGUUAAUUGAGAGAAACAAAAACAGAAUCACAUUCCUUGUACGUGUAUGUGUUCACGUUUGGCCAAUAAAGCUGAUUCUGAUAGAAAGUUUAGCAAUGACAUCAGGCAAUGUCUCAAAUAUAGAUGUUGCUGCAAAGAAGCUAAAAACACAUUUACACACCUUCAACCCAGCAGCACGCAAGUUCUGUAUUUGUUACCUUUUUAAGGUGGGCCCCCAAAAUUAAUGUCACCAAUUUCGUAUCUGACCAAAUGUAAAAUAUUGUCACAAUCUCUCCUCCUGUUUCUGACUUAUGGUGGUAAAUAAUGGCAGAAAAAGUGUUUUUGCAGGACAUUAUAGCACCGUGAAGUUGACCUUUGAUGUUAAAUGUCAUCAUUAAUCCUAUUAGACAUUUGUGUCAAAUGUCAUGAUAGUUUACAUGAAUUCUUGAGAAAUUCUUCUUUUGUGAGGUCACAGUGACCUUGACCUUUGACCUCCAAAUUCUAACCAGUUCAUCCUUGAGUCGAGUUUUAUCAGACCAGAGUUACAUUGAUAAAUAAACUUCCUGCACUGAAAUAAAAACUGAAAGUGACCACUCAAAA